AUGGCUCGAACUAAGAUAACAGCUCGCCAGUCCACUGGAGGAAAGGCUCCCACAAAGCAACUUAGGGCAUUUUACGCUACCGCUCGUAAGACCGCUCCCGUAACAGGAGGAGUGAAGAAGCCUCGUCGGUACCGUCCAGGAACUGUUGCUCUUCGUGAGAUACGCAAGUAUCAGAAGGGCACCGAGCUGCUCAUAAGGAAGCUACCCUUUCAGAGACUUGUCCGGGAGAUUGCCCAGGAUUGCAAGACUGAUCUGCGCUUCCAAAGCCAUGCGGUGCUUGCUCUGCAGGAGGCAGCAGAAGCUUACCUAGUGGCUUUGUUCGAGGACACAAAUCUGUGUGUUGUCCAUGCUAAGCGUGUGACCAUCAUGUCCAAAGAUGUUCAUCUGGCUAGGAGGAUUCGCGGCGAGAGGAUGUAAUGAGCCUGCACAUCGAUCAACACCAACAUGGAGCUUAGUUUCAAGGUUUCGAGGUUUACGACCAAGAACAUCGACUUUAUUUGUCUUGAAGAAUAAACUACUAUUAUUGGUAUAGAUUAUAGAAGUGUGCACGAGGUCAAGUUAUAUAUGCCAAAACUUCUUUAAUAAAUUAGAUGCAAGUGUUAUGCAUCACUAUGGUGAUACUUUAGAUGUAAAGGCGGGUGUUGCCAUGCCAUUUUGUUCUCUAUAAAUGAUAAGGGAGCUCUUUCUUUA